UGCAAGUUUUCUACUUCGAAGUUUAGAGAAUUUUUAAAAACUUGCUGCAGGCGUUUAACGCAUCUAACAUUAAGUGAAUGCUAUGAUGUUGAUUCUAAACUACAUGAUAUUUCAGAGAUAUGUAAAAAUUUGAAAGAAUUGGACCUAAAUGAUUGUGAUGACAUAACAAAUGAAAAUAUUUCGUAUCUCAAGAAUUUACAGUUUUUGGAAAGUUUAUACCUUUCAAAAGUAGAAGCUAUAAAAACUAAUACUUUGUGUGAAAUUCUACAGAAAAAUCGACAUAUGCGUAAAUUAAAUUUAAGCCAUACGAGGCUAAACAUAGAUGCAAUUGCAACAGAAUUAAAGAAUUCAUGUCCAAAUUUGGAAAGAUUAAAUUUAGAAUGUUGCACUCUUACACCGCAAAGCAUUGAUGCUCUUGCCGAUUGUAAGAAUCUGAGAGAAGUGGAUUUUUCUUUUUGCGAGUUGAUCGGUAGGAUCAAGAACGGUGGCAUCUUCGUUAAAUUAUUUUCUUCCUGUCAAUAUUUGGAAACAAUCAAUUUGAAAUGUUUUAAAAGCCUUACCAAGCGUGAUAAUGAAACACUAACAUUGUGCAAAAACUUAAAAUCUCUAAAUUUGUCAUGCGUAAAUUCUGUGACACCUGAUAUUUGUUCUCAACUUUUCGAGAAAUGUCCUAAAUUGAACAAACUCGAUCUUUCGUCCUGUAAAAAUAUUACUAAGGAAAUGAUUGACAAAUGGAACAAAAAAAUAUAUAAUGUAAUUGUCUUCACCAACGAUUUCUAAUAAAUCAUCAUUAUUAGAGAUUAGUAUACAUCAAUACUUAUAUAUGUAUAUUUGAGAUAAUAGUUAAAUAUUGAUGAAUAUCGAGUAUUGACAGUCAA